AUGAAUCAAGCUCUUCUUGCUAAAUCUGGUUGGCGUUUACUGCAGCGUGAGCAAGGUCUUUGGGCUCAAGUGUUUAAUGCUAAGUAUCUAAGGCAUUGCGAUAUCCUUGCCGCUAAAGAUCUACAUUUCCAGAGUAGCUCCAAUGUCUGGAAGGAGGAUGGGGUUUGGGAUUUCAAUUGCUUAAUGGAAUGCCUGCCUAUAAAUAUUGUCAACUUGAUUCUUAGUAUUCAUGCUGGCUAUAAUGGGAGUGGGGAGGAUAAAUGCAUCUGGCAGGCUACCUGUAAUGGCCAAUUUUAUGUUAAAACUGCCUAUAACACCUUUUAUCUGGAUGAGGGCAGUGUUAAUUGGAAAUGGGACUUUAUUUGGAAGCUUCAUGUUCCGCCAAAGGUUAAGACUUUCCUCUGGCUGUUGUGUCAUAAGAAGUUACGUACGAAUGCUCAAAGAUUGAAGAGAAAGCUUACUAAUGCUGCUGUUUGUCCCAGAUGUGAUUGUCCUUUGGAAUCUUGUGCUCAUCUCUUUAUGGAUUGUGCUGCCACUCUUGCUAUUUGGAAUAGACUUGGAUUUGGGAGAGUGGAAGCUAGUCAGGAUGAUUUUGAUGACUGGCUUUUGCAUAAUUUGAAAUCUAAGAGGCUUGUUACCCAUAGCCUGCCCUGGCACUUGUUUGCUUUGGAGUGGUGUUCAGCUUGUAAUCCAAUGGCUAUUCUCCCGGAGCGUAGUGUUGCUUAUCUCCAUUGGAUGGCCCCUCUUCCUAGUUGUUGUAAAGUCAACACUGAUGGUAGCAUAAUUAAUUCCUUUGGUCUUAUUGGGGCUGGGGGUUUGUUAAGAGAUUCUUGUGGGAAUUGGAUCAAGGGUUUCUUUGUGAAUUUGGGCCAUGGUUCCAUCAUUGAGGCUGAGUUAUGGGGGAUUUUUUGGGGGAUUAAUAUGGCUUGGGAUGUUGGGUUUCGCAUAGUGGAGAUUGAGUGUGAUGCUACGUCUACUGUGGCUUUGUUAAAAAGUCCUAUUUUGUCAACACACCCUCUCUUUAGUAUUAUCAACUGCUGCAAAAAGAAGAUUCAUGAGGAUUGGUGCUGCUUUGUGAAGCAUAUUUUCCGUGAACAGAACUGUGCUGCGGAUGCUUUGGCUGUUAAGAGUUAUGAUUUUGAUCCUGGUCUCUAUGUGAUUUUGGAGGCUCCAGCUUUUCUUAGUGAGAUUUUAGCUGCUGAUGUUCGAGGUGUUGCUAGACCUCGUCUUGUCUCUUAUUAG